ACUUCCGGGGAGGCUAUAACUUCCGGUUCCGGCGGUGGGCCACAAAGCUCUGUACCGAGGAGGUGGUUUCUCUUUCCUGGAGUCGGUUGUGGGGCUUGUGGUCCCCCUUUCCCCGCCCUUCGAAGUGACACCUGCGCAGGUGAACGGCCCCCUCUCCUGCCUUCCGUUUCCCUUCUCCGCGCGUGGUAUGUUGGGAGCGGGCGCCACAGCGUCGGCCGGCCUUAGGAGGGUCUGCCCUUGCGAUCUGCGGGCUGCUUACCCUGGCGUGGCCUUGGGCCUCACUUCAACUCAGGAAGAGGACGUCCCGGUUCUGGAUCCCCAGAAGCGCAUUUUCCAGCCCGACCUAGGCCCUCUGAGCCGCGCCCAUAUUGGUGGGAGGAGUCGGGCUCAGUUCCCCAUCUAGACGCCAGCUGUGUUCCCACCACCUCUUAGCCUUGUGACUUCAGGAGUCUGUCAUCUUUUUCCAGAGUUGCAGAAUGGAGACUGAAGGAUACUCGGAGACACAAAGAAAUAGAGAAGUCCAGAAUGGUCAAAUAAUGCCACCACCAAAUGAGAUGGUGGCUGAGGAGCUAGAAGACAUGCUAAUAACGGCUCCCCAGAUCCAGUUUCCACGGGAGCCUUCUAGGCAUCCACCAGAGAGCUUCGAUGAAGACUGUAUGGAAGAUGUUGAGGCCAUGCCACGAAGGAAUCCUCCCAACCCUGCAGCUUCCAGGCAGAGGUUCAGAAAGUUCCGCUAUGAGGAUGCGGCUGGGCCCAGGGAGGUCCUCAGACAUCUCCAGGAGCUCGCUGGACAGUGGCUGAGACCUGAUAUUCACACAAAGGAGCAGAUUGUGGAAAUGCUGGUGCAGGAGCAAUUCCAGGCUGUCUUGCCCGAGGAGGUCAUCCUGGCUUUGUGGGUACAGAGACCUGUACUUUGGUUGACAGUUGAGACGAGCAGUAUCUAUGAUUGUGAGAGAGUAAACAGCAGCUGCUUCCCCAGCAUGACCCAGUCUGAAGAACCUUUCUGCCUCUGGCUGGGCUCUUGGAUUUGCAGAUCUGCUCUGGUCUUGAGGCUGUUGGUCACUGGACUGCAACUGAGACAUCGGCUCUUUUGGUUCUCAGGACCUAGGACUUAGACUGGAACUACACCAUCAGCUCUCCUCGGUCUCUUAACUUGUCAACUCACCCUGUAGAUCUUGGGACUUAUCAGCUUUCAUAGUUGUGUAAAUCAAUUCCAUUAUAUGUAUAUGAUGGUAAAUAGGUAGAUAUAGAUAGAUGGAGAUGUAGAUCUUUCCAAUUGGUUUUGUUCCUUUGGAGAACCCUGACUGAUACAGAAGGGAAGAGAAAAUAACUUUAAAAAGGCAGGUUGGUGCCAGAUCAUUGAGGACACAGAAUGCCUGGCUAAAGGACUUUGAAUUUUAAUUUGAAGACAAAGGAAAAAACACUGGGAGUCCCUGAGCUGGGGAGUGACUUAAUAAGAGCUGAGAUCUGGGAAGAUGAAGUUUGUGCUGUAUAAAAUGAAUUAAAACAGAUUCUCAAAGGAAGUCUCUAGGAAUUUGAUAUUAAUUCUGUGGGUAUAGGAUUUAUGAUUCAGAGAGGUUGGGCGUCCCUGGAUGUACAAUAGUGCAGGGACCCAAAGCAGAUAUAGGCACCACAGAACCUGGAUUAGGUGGGAACCAGAAGAUAAUUUCAGUGGUGCUGAUGGGGCUUCUGAGAAUGAGACCAAGACAGGGGGAAUCAACAGAGCUGAGAAAUGGACACAAUGAAACUAAAUCCAAGUGGCACUGUUUGAACCCUUGGAUGCUGUCUGGUUUAAUUUGCAGUCACAUUAGCCAGUAAAUUCCCUAUACUCCCUGAGCCAGGUUGAGUAGGUUUCUCUCAACUGCAAGACGCCUGACGAUCACUGUCAUCGCUGCUUCCCAUGUCUGCCCUUGUGUGGUACUUGCCACCACCCUUUACAUGAUUCCCAAAUUCCUACCUGCUCCAACCCCUGUUCCCACCCUCAUUUCCAAGUUUUCAGCUUCUAAGAAGGCCCUUCUGACACAAACCUGACAACAUAAUAGACAAAGUGCUAAGUGAGUUCUUGUCCCCAGAACAAAGGCAGGAAAAGUCAAGUAGUUGGGUGACACCCCAUCAAGAUACUGCUGUUGAUGGAAAAGGCAGACAUUGUUUGCGGACAUUCAUGGGAUUGUGAGAUGGGAUGAAGUAAAGGUCACUGCCAACUGGCCUUGCAGAGGGAGAAAAGACAACCAGUUUUCCCUCAAGUUUAAGAAACUAAACUUGCGUAUAUUUAUAAUAGUCAGAAUUUAUAAUAGCCCAGAACAACUAAAUUCCAACAGUAGAUUGGUUAAAUAUUGUAAUGCCCAUACAUUAGAAUACAGCCUUUUCAAAUAAUGCUUUAUAUGCUUUAUAAGAGAAAAGCAGAUUACAAUCUGUUUUUGUGCAAUAGAUGUGUGUGUAUGUAUACAAAUAUCUGAGAUGUACACUAAAAUGUUAAUAGUUGGUAUUAGGGGUAGGACUGCAGCUGAAGCUUAUCUUUUGAUUUCUCUAUCGUAAACCUGCUGGAUAGUAUAAUAGUGUACUGGUCAACUAGAGCCAGCCUCCUGGGUCCAAGUCCCAGCUCUGCCACUGCAUGCCUUGGAGUCUUUGGGCAAGUCUCACCACCUUUGAGCCUCAGUUCAUGCAUCAAUAAAUGGGGGUACUAGUUCUUAUAAAAUGGUUGUUGAGUAGUAAAUUAGCUACUCUUACAUGCGAAGUUGUUAGCACCAUGCCUAAACACUCGAAAAUGUAGUUAUUCUUGUGUAAUUAAAAAAUCCAAAAAAUA